AUAACCUGUUUGCUUCUUAAUGGAAUUAAGUAGUGAGCUUGUUCCCAUUAGAUGAAAAUGGUGUGAAAUUGAAAUUGCCGCUGAUGUCAUUGUUGCAAAUAUUCUUUAAUUGUAAAUGUAGUUUUCAUUAAAGAACUUAAGAUAUUACAACUAAUUAUUGUCAUGGAUAUAAAAACGGAGAAUCGUCUUGAAAUUGAACAGACUAAAAGGUGUUCAUUUACUAUAGAAAGUAUUCUGUCGUCCCCAAAGAGAGUUGAUAAAAAGGAAAGUGAAAACUGCCAACACGGUGAAGGGAAACGUCAACGCUUUGAAGAAACAACAAAAGCCCCAUGUGUUCCACGUAAUAUAUGUGAACAAGAACAGUACUAUGGAAGGCUUAUAUCGGCGGCCAACGCUUCCUUUACAGGAAACUACUUACAAAGGCUAAAACAAAUGUAUGGACUUCGCCACAAUACAUUAUGUUGGGAAAAUUCAAAUGUCCACGGUCAAAUUCCAUUUAACUUGAACUCAUACGACCGAGAAACAAGACUGAAUCGUUCGCCCGAGCAUUUUUCAAGAAAUCUGGAGGAAGAAGACGAAAUAAAUGAGACCGCUGACCAUAUAUCUUCUGAUGAAAACUGUUGUAUAAGAAGCACACUUCUUGGAACAAAUAUAGAUAAUUCCAAUGAAAAGGGCGACAUUAGUGUAAGCUGUGGUCAUUUCCCCGAAGAUGAAAACCGCAUAAUAUCAGUGAAAAAGCAAGAGUGUUCAAUUAACGACAAUGACAGUUUUGAAAUGAGUGUCUCCGAUACAGAUGAAACAAACGAACAAGGCGUGUCCAUAGAGUAUGACAGUGAUGGUGGUCGCAACGAUGGCGAUGAUACUUCUGCAAAUGUCAAGGACACUAAGCAUGCCACAGAAGACAAAUCUACUGAAGUCAAGGAUGCUGUAAUACGGCAGUCUGUGGAGGGGACGGGUGAGCUUAUGGAUGUUGAAGAGGGAAAAAAGAACUCUAACAUUGUUUCCAGGAGUAAGCCGAUAUUCCGAAAAGAAGUUCAAGCAGAUGUCAACACGACUGCCAGCAUAACAUCGUUGCGGGAGUCGAGCAAACCUCGGAAGAAACGGUCGCGUGCCGCCUUUUCGCACGCGCAGGUGUUUGAGCUUGAGCGCCGCUUCCGGCACCAGCGUUACCUGUCCGGCCCCGAGCGCGCAGACCUGGCGAACGCACUUAAACUCACAGAAACCCAGGUCAAAAUCUGGUUUCAAAACCGCCGGUAUAAAACCAAGCGGAAACAGAUGCAGCGUGACCAAGCGUUGACCGGAAGUUCCAAGACAGCGUCUGUAACGAUCCUGGUCAAGGACGGCAAACGUCUUUAUGACGCGGAAGAAAUGAUCAGACCCAUGUUUUACCCUCCAGCUAUACCACUUACACCGUACGGUUUUUUCUCACCGUAUUUCCACUGAUUAUUAUGAAGUUUUUUUAAGGUAUCCACUCCAUAAAUAAGCAAGUGUUUGGUUAUAGUGUCAUAUACCAGUGUUACACUUUGUUGCUUGGUGACCCCAUAUAUAGAUGGAAUCGACUUAAGGGGAUUUUGUUUGUUUAUAAAUAAAAUGACAA